GGGCAACUGUAAGUACGUGCUGUCCAGAGGCAAGGAUUUCACGAUCGCUGCCAGAAACUACAACAGGAGAAACAACAUGCGGGUGUCGUUUGUGGAUGAAGUAGAGUUUACCUUAUAUGGGUCCACCAUCACCAUAACCCGGGACAAGGAAGUCUUCGUGAACGGAGUAAAGUGGGCUCUGCCUUGCUGUAUCGGAGGUUUCGCGUCCAUCACUCAACAGGGCAACUACAUCGUGAUUGACACCAUUCUGGGCAUUACAGUCAAAUUUGGUGCGAACCACCACGUUAUAGUCGAGCUGCCGGCGCAUCUUGCCGGUCUGGUUCACGGUAUGUGUGGCAACGCUAACGGUAUCCAAGGAGACGACCUGGUCAAACCUGACACGACCCCGGCUACGGACGCUGUGGAGUUCGGUAACAGCUGGGUGGCUCCUGACGACAUGAUGAGUUGCCCUACAGUUCUUGCUGACCAGCAGUUUGACAUCGCCCAGGCUGACCAGGCGUUUGUACAGGAGCUGGAGAGUCAGCAGUUCUGCGGACAUCUGCAGGACACCAACAGUCCCUUCAGCCCCUGUUUCGCUGCGGUGGAACCUGUGGCCUUUAUUGAGGACUGUGUUUACGAUAUGGCGGCGUCUGGAAACACCAGAGACACCACCCUCAUGUGUGAUGACUUUGAGGGUUACGUCCAAGAAUGUGCAGCAGCCGGUAUUCAUUUGGAAGGCUGGAGGGAACAAACCGGCUGUGCCCUUCAGUGUCCCCCCAACGCCCACUACUCUUACUCCACCUCGGCCUGCCAGGACAGCUGCCGGACCCCGACUGCCUCCUCCACGUGCGGCCUGCCCAAUGUGGAGGGCUGUGAGUGUGACCCAGGCUACAUCUGGAGCGGCAUGACGUGUGUCGAACCCAAGGACUGCGGAUGUCUGCACGAAGGGAACUACCAUGCGCUAGGAGAACAAUGGGGAACAGAAGACGGUCAGUUCUGUGAGUGUCAGCCGAACUUCCAAGCCAACUGCGCCCCGAUGUCCUGUCUGCCUGGGGCUGAGUGGAGUCUACAGGACGGCGUCUAUGGCUGUCACCAAGUUCCAACGUUGCAGCCAAUAGCAACUACAACCCAAACACCCAAGCCGACAACAACUACUACCCAAACACCCAAGCCAACCACAACCCCAACGCCGCCUUCUCUCCCCACUCCCGCGCAGCAAACAACCACCAUGAAACCUGUAACACCUCAAGAGGAUGCACCUAUGUCCAACGAUGUAGUGAAUAUUGGAAACGAAUGUCUCGGAGACGUAUGGUGUGGAGACAGGGUCACGUGCUCUGCCAGGGGAGACCCUCACUACAACACUUUCGACGGAAAAAGGUUCAAUUUCCAGGGCAACUGUAAGUACGUGCUGUCCAGAGGCAAGGAUUUCACGAUCGCUGCCAGAAACUACAACAGGAGAAACAACAUGCGGGUGUCGUUUGUGGAUGAAGUAGAGUUUACCUUAUAUGGGUCCACCAUCACCAUAACCCGGGACAAGGAAGUCUUC